AUGACGUGUGGAGAGACCAGUUCAGAUUUACUACUUCUUUUAGUACUAUUCUUGAGUGUGCCCAGUUCAGAAAAUCAUGUUACCAAGGUGGAAGAGUGUUUCCAAGAACCUGAAUAUGAAAACUGGCUGGCUACUGCAAAGCAUGGUCUAAGAAGGACCUUGAAACCUAAGACAAUUGUGAUUGUUGGAGCAGGAAUUAGUGGAUUGACUGCCGCCAAAUUACUCAGAGAUGCUGGACAUCAGGUUGUGAUCUUGGAAGCCAGUAACCGGGUGGGAGGACGUGUAAAGACUCACCGAGAAGAUGACUGGUAUGUGGAUUUGGGGCCGAUGCGAUUGCCCAAAGCUCAGAGAAUUGUACGUGAAUACAUUAAAAAGUUCAAACUUCAUUUAAACUCCUUCAAUCAGACUGAUGGGAAUGGCUGGUAUUUAAUUCGAAAUGUCAAGGAAAAAAUGUCACUCUACAAUCCUGAAAACUUUGGAUACCAACUUAACCCCAAUGAGGAGGGAAAGUCUGCAAUCCAGCUGUUUGAGGAGACGUUGAACAAGGUCACAGACAACUGUACCCUUCUGAAGGAAAAAUACGAUUCAUUUUCCACAAAGGAAUAUCUCAUUAAGGAAGGAAAUUUGAGUAUAGGAGCUGUUGAGAUGAUUGGUGAUUUCCUGAAUGAAGAAGCUGGGUUUUAUACCUCAUUCCUCCUUUCUGCUAUGGAUUAUUUCAUUUUUUCAAAUACCAGUUUUGAUGAAAUUACUGGUGGCUUUGAUCAACUUCCUCAAAGUUUCUUCCAGGAAAUGGUUAGAAUUGUCCAUUUCAAUUGCACUGUGGAGAAGAUACUUCGCACCAGAAACAAAGUGAGAGUCUUCUACAAAUGGUUGUCCAGGUCUACGUCUCUAGUUGCUGACUAUGUCCUCAUCACAGCUACAGCAAGAGCCGUGCGACUGAUCAAGUUUGUGCCACCUCUUUCCAUUCCCAAGACCCGGGCAUUGCGGUCUUUGGCUUAUGCAAGUUCUACUAAAAUUGCCUUGGUUUGCACUGAGAAGUUUUGGGAGAAGGAGGGGAUCCACGGAGGGAGAUCAGUCACAGAUCUCCCAGCACGAAUGAUUUAUUAUCCAAAUCAUGACUUCCCCCAUGGACUAGGUGUCCUUCUGGCAUCUUAUACUUGGUAUACUGACUCUGAUUUCUAUACGGCACUCAGUGAUGAAAAGUGUGUUGAUGUAGUGAUGGAUGACCUUGCGGAAAUCCAUCAAGUAUCUAAAGAGUAUCUCAAAUCAGUCUGUGGCAAAUACGUGGUACAAAAAUGGAACCUUGAUCUAUAUUCAAUGGGAGCAUUCAGCACCUACACCCCAUACCAGAUAACCCAUUAUACUCAGAUACUGGCCCAGAAGGAAGGGAGGAUCUACUUUGCUGGUGAAUACACAGCUCAUCCACAUGGUUGGAUUGACACUUCCAUGAAAUCUGCCAUAAGGGAAGCAAUUAGGAUCCACAAUGCAUAA